AUGAUUGAUCAAUUCACUCGCUCGACACCCUCUGCUUUUGAGGGUGGUACCGAACCAAUCAAGGCUGAGAUGUGGAUGCAAGAGAUAAAGAAGAUAUUGGCAGUGCUGAAUUGCAUUGAGGAGCAAAAAUUUCUUUUCGCCACCUUCAAACUGGUAAGAGAAAUCGAAUGGUGGUGGCAUGCGAUGAAACUGUUGGAAAAACAGCAAGAAGUACCUAUAGCAAUGACUUGGGGAAGUUUCAAGCAGGUCUUUUACGACCAAUACUUCCCCGUUACCACCAGGAAUGUGAAGGCGAAAGAAUUUUUCAACCUUACUCAGGGGCGUCUCACUAUUCAACAGUAUGCUACUAAAUUUUUGGAACUUUCUCGCUUUGCACCUUCCAUGGUUCCAGAUGAAUACCAAAAGGAAAGAUGGUUUGAAAGGGGUCUGAAUUAG